AUGGCUGCGGCGGCACCCUCGAAACCAGAGUAUCCUGGUAAAUUGCUAAAUGCAGCAGCAAUAGCAAAGCCAUUUCAAGAGAGUAUCAAAGCCGAUAUCAGGCACCGGGUCGACAAGAAUCUUCCGGUACCGAAACUGGUCGGUAUUCUUGCAAAGCCGAGCUCUCCGUCGAUUGCGUACGCAGAAUGGACGCGAAAAGCGUGCGAAGAUGUCGGGAUAAAGUUUACUAUCUGGAAAACGUGGGACGACUCGCAGGAUGUGGAAAAGUUCCAGACGGAGGACAACUCCGAAAGCCUCACAAACUUUGGCCUCGAAGCCGAUGUGGAAGAUCUUAUUCUUGCAGCGAAUCGUGAUUCCAGCAUUGAUGGUAUUAUGGUGUACUACCCCAUAUUUUGUGGGCGUCAAGACACGUACUUGCAGCAGAUUGUCGAUCCCCGCAAAGACGUCGAGGGUCUCAACUUUUACUACUGCUGGAACAUGUACCACAACGUGCGUUGGAUCAAACCCUCGCAGAUGGGGAGCGCCCCCGGCGCGACCAGUGAAGGAGAUCUGCGCAGCCAGGACGUAGCAGCUAACGAAACUGUGCCCGCUGGGUUUGCCAAGAGCAUUUUGCCUUGCACUCCCCUUGCAGUAGUUAAAUGUCUGGAGGCCGCCGGCCUAUACGACACACAUCUACCGUACGGCGACCGUUUGCAAGGAAAAAACAUCACUGUUAUUAACCGCUCCGAGGUGGUUGGCCGACCGCUUGCUGCACUGCUUGCAAACGACGGCGCGCGCGUGUUUUCGGUGGACAUUGACUCUAUUGUCGAAUUCAGCAAGCGCCCGGAUGACGAGGGCAAGCAGGGUUUGGGAUUUUCCAAGUCGAAAGUGGUGGUCGAGGCACACAAGCAAAAUACUUCUGCACGCUUGCGUUCCGCACACCUUGUGUCCCCUUGCACGUACAAAGAUGCAGAGUCGUGUGUGCGCGUGUCCGAUGUUGUGAUUGGCGGCGUGCCGUCCGCGAGCUACAAAGUGCCGACUGCAUGGAUCAAGGAAGGCGCUACAUGUGUCAAUUUUAGCUCUGAAAAAAACUUUGAGAGCAAUGUGCGCAGCCGUGCCGCGCAGUAUUUGCCCGCCAUUGGCAAAAUGACCGUUGCCAUGUUGCAGCGCAAUCUCUUGGUACGUAUACCCAUCUUUUAA